CUUACCCAAACAUAGAAGAAGUGGUGCCGUGCUGGCUUUGUGAUCGUCUGUCUAAAUUUUACUUGCCAGUUUAUGUUUGGUGUAGUUUACAGGCCAUGGAAUUAAUGCAUCCUCUUCAACAAUCAAAGAGGACAAUUACCAAUCACAAGAAGAAGAGAUGUUUACAGCCAUGAUGGCUAAUUGAGGAGAUUUUACAAUUGAACAAUUUUAAAGAUUGAGAUAAACAUGUAAAAUAUCCUGCCACUGAAUGUUGUAUGAUCAGCCCACACGUGUUGACUUGAUGAAGGAAUAUAAAUGUUUGUGGACAAUUCUUCCUUAAGUGAAUGUGUAGACAGGCGUGACUGAGUGGUAAGGAUGGAGAGUCCAGAAGAAGACCGUGAGUCUGAUGGGAAGUCUGAUGCCAUGGGAGACAACUCUGACAAGGACUACACUCAAGACAGUGAGGACAUGGAUAACACCGGUUCUGAUCCUGAUUUCAUUGAUGAUUCUGAUGGGAGGAAAUGGGAGUCCAAAACCAACACAUUUGGGAGGAGUACAUGGAUGAACAGUAGUGGAACAAUGUCGUAUAAAUAUGUAGAAAAGAAAGGGCAAGAGGGGAAGAAGUUUGAGUGUGAUGUGUGUAAGAAGAGGUUCAAUCAGUUGAUCAACCUGACAACACACAUGCGCACCCACACUGGGGAGAAGCCAUUCAGGUGUUCAGUAUGUCACAAAAUGUUUGGAUAUUAUGUAAAUCUGACAACUCAUAUGAGACUUCACACUGGUGAAAAGCCAUUCAAAUGCGAUGUCUGUCAGCGAUCAUUCACUCACUCCAACACCCUUAAGAUGCAUAAGCGUAUUCAUACCGGGGAGCGCCCGUAUCGAUGUACGGUCUGUGAUGAGAGCUUCUUGCGGCAUGAUCAACUGAAGCGUCACAUGAGUGGUCACACUGGAGUGAAGCCCUACAACUGCCAAGUGUGUGGCAAGGCUUUCACUCAGAUAGAUAGCUGGAAGAUGCAUAUGGAAAAGCAUGCAGAAGUUAAACCAUAUGAAUGUGGUGUUUGUCACAAGAAGUUUGCAUCAGUUGUUACAUUGAAGAGACAUAUGAGAAAUCAUGACGCUAAGACCUUUAAAUGCGAUCAGUGUGAAAAGGAAUAUGUUUUUAAGGCUGAACUGAAAAGACAUAUGGCUACACAACAUAGCACAGAACGGCCAUACAAGUGUUCAAUCUGUGAGAAAUCGUUCCCUGUGUCAGUCAGUUUGACGAAACAUAUGUUGUCCCACACGGGAGAAAAACCAUAUAAAUGCCCCUUUUGUGAGAAAAGGUUCACAUCCGCAAGUAACAUGGGUGCACACAAACGCCAACAGCAUACAAAAGAGAGACUCCACUCUUGUCCAGAAUGUGGAAAGUGUUUUCCACGUCCAACCUCUCUGAAGAAGCACAUGAUCAUACACUCUGGAAAGAGGGAUCAUGUGUGUUCCAUCUGUUCCAAGGCUUUCCCUUUGCAGGGUAGUCUCAGGAUCCACAUGCGAACCCACUCGGGGGAGAAGCCGUACUCCUGUCCUUUGUGCAGAAAAGCCUUCCAGCAUCAGCAGACAUUGAACAGGCAUAUGGAGAUACACUAUGACAGCCUGCUGCUUACAUCGGGACAGGUCAACCUUGAUACCGGUGGGGGCAUACCUGAGAAGGUCCAGAAUGGGAAGACAAAGAGAUGUUUAAAGUGUCCAUUUUGUCUCAAAGAAUUUUCCUACUAUAAGCAUUUUCGUUCUCACAUGUCUCUACAUCCUGAGGCUGCAUCUCUUAGCUCAGUCAGCAGUGGUGAGGAGUGUGAUUUGAACUGUGUUACCUUGACACCUGUAAUAGCUGGAGAAUCUUCUCAUGAGAACAUUCAGAUGCCAGGUGAAUGUGUUCAAGUGAAGACAGAGCAUGAAGCCCCUGAAAUGUCUUCUAGUGAUGGUCCUAAUCUUGUUUCCGAUCUCCCUGUCCCUGAUGUUCAUAACAGCAGACGUAGCAAUAUAAGUAUUGGUAUAGUUAAUAAACUUCGCUCUAAACUCUUCAGGAAGCAAAAAACACAAAUUGUCUCAAAUUGUAAUGAGCAAAUGUUCAAAUGUCCAGCCUGUGGACUUGUCAGUGAUAAUAAGCAGUUUCUAAAGACUCACAUGAAAUUGCAUUCCAAUACAGAAACAACCCAUCAGAAAAGACUGAAACCAUUCAAGUGUACUGUCUGUAAGAAGACAUUUGUCUUACUAAAAUCAUUACGUAAGCACACGAGAAAGCAUUUGAAUCCACCACAGAACAAGUUGAAGGAGAUGCUUUUGAGUUCUAAAGAGAGUGCACCAAAUUAUACAGCACCAGAAAAAAACACAGAGACACUGACAGAGGAGACUAUAGAACCAGUGCCAAGGACCGAAGACCCACUGCCAGAAAGGACUCCUGAACCACUCAAAAAAAGUACAGCAGAAUCGCCUGUGGCCAAAGCCAGAGGCAAACCAAGAGGAGAGCCAGUCAAGUGUAGAGUGUGUGACCGAAGUUUUGUCUAUCUUAAGUCACUAAACAAACACAUGCUUGAUCACUCAGGUGUUGAAACCUUUUGUUGCAAAAUUUGUGGGGAACGUUUUGAAGACAAGGUUACAUUUAAAAUGCACAAUGAAAAUCAUACAUCUACCACUAGUCAGCCAGUACAAGAACCGGUGGAUAUUAAGCCUUGUAUCUGUCAACAUUGUGGUAAACUCUUUGGGGAUGUAAAGACUUUAAAUAACCACAUGACAACUCACGAACCUGUUAUUUCAGCCCAACCCCAAUUUUGUGACAGAAACACUCUGGAGAAACAAACAGAGGGGCAGGUCAUUGACCCUGUUGACCUGAAACCAUUGCCAUGUCAAAAGUGCCCUGAAAUAUUUAACACAACUAAUGCACUGAGAUCACAUGAAGCUAUUGCACAUGCGCCUGAUCUGUCAUCAAUGAAGCUAUUUCCCUGCUUUAAGUGUGGUGAGAGGUUUAGUGAGGCUGCUUCACUGACCUCUCAUGAAGCUACCCAUGUGAAGACUGAAGCAAGAGGUGCUGAUGAUGCACCUGAACCAACCAUCACUGAUUUUCGGCAGCAAAGAAACAGGAUAACUGUGGAAGGUAAAUGCAGUGGUAAGGUGGUCAAACUUUACUGUUACACCUGUAAUAAGGACUUUGGUGAUUCGCUGUCCUUGACAGAACAUGAGAAGAUACAUACAGCUGCAUCAGACACCAUGGGCAAUGACUUACUUAGAUACCUGCAUGCUCAAGGUCAGUUGGUUGCUCAGAAAAUUACAAUGACACACAGUUUGGUUACAAAUAGUCAGGAAACCAAUGACGGACAUUGGAGACUGAAGACUGACCAGACAACCAGUUGUGAUGGGCAACGGAAGACUGACCAGGAACAAACUGACCUGUGCCAUGGGGACAGGGGUUCAAGGGCUUGUCAUGUGUGUGGAAAGAGAUUCUUGGAUCUCAUUACUCUCAAGAUUCAUGAGGUAGAGCAUAACAGAAUAAGUCUCCAACCAGCAGGACUGUAAGUUAUCCAGAGAAAGUAAUUUCAUUCUUCAUUAAGUAGCAACAUAGUAACCGUGGCUGUAGACCUGCUUUUAGAUAUGUCCAACUGGUCAUAUUAGUAGAUCAGGGUGACUGACAUCAUUUACUCUUACGAUCCAUUAUUUAGCAGUAGUUACCUAGAAGAAAGAGACUUCCGUCAGGUUUUGUUCGAAUUUGGCCACUGCUGCAGCUGCCUGUGAUUUUUCUAAUAUCUGGGAUUUUAUAUGGAGACUUGUUCUUUUUCAACUACACCUGCACAACCACAUACUGUUUUAAUUAAAACUAUUAAGCGUAAAUAUUAUCUUUACCAAAACAGCUUGCAGCAAUGGCUUCUUUUUUAACAGUCAGAAGCACAAUUAAUGUUUUCAGGCAUCUUCAGGGGACUUCAUUUGGAGGAUAAAAGCCCAGACCCCACCCCCAAAUAUCAAAUGAUAGCUACCUUAGAGAUAAUACCUUAAAAGAUAUUUUAUCUUUUUUGUCACAAGUCAUGAACAGGUCACAGGUCACAAGAUAGAAAAAACUUCCAAAGUAAGUUUGGGUUUACAUUUUUGCCAACAUUUUUGCCAACAUAUUUUAUAACGGUCAGCAUUCAGCUUUUAAUUUUGUAUAACAUUGUUAUAUCAUUAUAAGGCUCUGAGACAUGCUUACCUCUACCCAGACUUCAGGCAUGAGACUUUUUGUUUACCUGUUUCUGUUAAGGAGAUACCUGCUUUAAAAUGGGGCCCUGAAAAUGAGACACCGAUCAAGGUCAAGUUUUUGUAAAACAUGGUGGUCAUUAUCAGUUUCUGAGGCAUGGUUGUCUUGACCAGUCCAACAACGUGAAAAAUAGUGGCCUGACUGUCAACAGUCAAAGUCAUCUUGUUGUGGUAUCAUUCAUUGUCAGUUUUACUUGUAGAAUCAUGAGAAUGUUGGAUCUAAGGAAGUUGGCUUCCUGAAGGUCAAGAUCUGGAAGUGAUAUUAUUAUAACUGCAGGUACAUGGUGGUAUGUUAAGACUUUAGGAAGGUUCAGAGCUCCAGAUAACUUUUUGAGCAAUUGAGUUUUUACUCAAAGGUUUCUGUUUUAAUUGGUUAUUUCAUUUUUCAUUGGGUAACCAAUAUUUGUUCACUCAUCUAUUCAUCACUCUAUUGGGUAUCUCCAAAAAUAAGUAAACAUUGAGAGAUUUAAAAUA